UAUUUUUAUUUUUUAAUAAUAAUAAUAAAUCAUCCUCUUGUUUCUCUCUCCUCUAUAAUCAAAAAUCAAAUCUCUCCCACCUUUGCCUCUCUGAAACUCCACCCUCAAAAAGGCCUUUUUUCUCUUGUUUUCUCUCUCUACCAUCAACAACAACUAUAACAUCUCCAAGAAACCUGAAGAUUCCCUCCCUUUUUCCAUCCCUUAUCUUCAACUCCAUUUCCUGCUCACUUUGAGAGAGAAACAAGAGAGAAAAAAAAAACACCCAAAAAAAAAAAAAAAACCAAAAACAAAUCUCCAUUGUUGAACAAUCUAUUCCCUUGAAUACAAAAAAAUAAAAAAAAAAAUAAAAACAUUUUGAGCAAAACCCAGAUUCCAAAACUCAAUUUCAAGAAAAACCCAUAAAUUUUAUUCCUCAUUUUCGCAUAAAUUUUUCUGGGUUUUGUUGAAUAAAUAGCUGCAGGUUCAAAGAAAAGAAGAGGAAAAAAAUAAAAUUAUCUCAAAAAAAAAAUUCAAUUUUUUUUGGGGUUGGUGUGGUUUUGAUUUUGAAUGUAGAAAAUGCCUCAUUUAGAUAACAACCCAUCAACACCAGGAAAAUUCAAGAUGGAUAAAUCAUCCUACAUUCAUCAUCAUCAUCAUCGUUUAAGAUGGCAUUCAACUCCUCUUGUAAAACUCACAUUUUGGUCCUUCAUUUUUCUGGGUUUAAUUCUAAUGUUCUUCUUCAGAUCAUCAUCUUCUUCUUCUCCAUCUUCAUCGACAUCAUCAUCUUCAUCUUCAUCCACCAUUGGAGACACAACCCGCCGCUCCCUCCGGACCUUCUCCUGGGGCGGUCCAUCAUGGGAGAAGCGGGUUCGAAACUCGGCUAAAGUUCGUGCAUCUAAUGGGUUUUCCGUGCUUGUGACCGGAGCUGCUGGGUUCGUUGGCACCCACGUCUCGGCCGCCUUGAAGCGGCGAGGCGAUGGUGUAUUGGGGUUUGACAACUUCAACGAUUACUAUGAUCCUUCGCUCAAGCGAGCGAGGCAGGCUCUGCUUGAGCGAAGCGGGGUGUUCAUAGUUGAAGGAGACAUUAAUGAUCAAGCACUCUUGAAGAAGUUGUUUGAGGUAGUCGCUUUUACUCAUGUAAUGCAUUUGGCAGCACAAGCAGGAGUUAGGUAUGCAAUGCAAAAUCCUGGUUCAUAUGUUCAUAGUAAUAUUGCUGGAUUUGUUAGUUUGUUGGAAAUUUGUAAAUCUGCAAAUCCACAACCUGCUAUUGUUUGGGCAUCAUCUAGUUCUGUUUAUGGAUUGAAUACAAAAGUACCAUUUUCUGAAAAAGAUAGGACAGAUCAACCUGCUAGUUUGUAUGCUGCAACUAAGAAAGCUGGGGAAGAAAUUGCUCAUACUUAUAAUCAUAUAUAUGGACUGUCUUUAACUGGGUUGAGGUUCUUUACUGUUUAUGGGCCUUGGGGUAGACCAGAUAUGGCUUAUUUUUUCUUUACUAAGGAUAUAUUGAAGGGGAAAUCGAUACCGAUUUUCGAGGCUGCAAAUCAUGGGACAGUUGCUAGGGAUUUUACCUACAUUGAUGAUAUUGUGAAGGGGUGUUUAGGGGCAUUGGAUACUGCUGAGAAGAGUACUGGUAGUGGGGGUAAGAAGACUGGUGCUGCUCAAUUGAGAGUGUUUAAUUUGGGGAACACGUCGCCUGUUCCUGUUUCUGAUCUUGUUUCGAUAUUGGAGAGGCUGCUGAAGGUGAAGGCGAAGAGGAUGGUGAUGAAAUUGCCUAGGAAUGGUGAUGUGCAGUAUACACAUGCUAAUAUUAGCUAUGCUCAGAGGGAGCUUGGGUAUAAGCCUACAACGGAUCUGCAGACCGGGUUGAAGAAGUUUGUUAGAUGGUACCUCAAUUACUAUAAGCCAGGAGGGAAGAAGAGUGCUGUGUGAUGAGUCUCGGUGUUGCUUAAAUUAUUCAAUGUUCCACACUUCCACGGUAGGAUUAUGCUAAAUUCUUGUUCAUUGAUUCUUCUUAUGAUUGUUUUUUCGAGGUUUGUUUACUCAUUGCUGCUCCGAUUAUGUCCUGUCUGUGUUAUUUUGACGAUGCCUUAUUAUGAGAGAAUACUUGCUUCCCCCCUUGGUGGAGGAAGUUUUGGGGUUACAGAACAUUGUUAGGGCAUUAUAAGCUGUACAAGAACCAUCUUUUUUGCUUUUCUCAUUUUUACUCUCUUGAGAUUGUAAUUCGUUGUAGUUUCAGCAAAUGUAGAAUUCAUCAUUAAUAGAACUUAUUCCAAUUCGUGGACUCGUAGUAUUGCAAUGCAAUUUCAAUAAAACUAGGACAUGGUGCCUUCAUA